GGAGAAGGAGAAGGAGGAGAACCAGGAGGAGGAGGUCGGCGACGACCAGAAGGGGCCCGAGAGAGGGGGCGAGCGACCGAGAGCCGCGACGCGGGAGUGAGGUGCGUGCGGGCUGCAGGGCAGACCCCGGCCCGGCCCCUCCGAGAGCGUCCUGAGCGCUCCCUCACGCCUUCCCUUCAAACCUUCUGCCUUUUUCUCCAUCCUCGUGAGCGGAGAACUGGGAGUGGCCAUUCGACGACAGUGUGGUGUAAAGGAAUUCAUUAGCCAUGGAUGUAUUCAUGAAAGGACUUUCAAAGGCCAAGGAGGGAGUUGUGGCUGCUGCUGAGAAAACCAAACAGGGUGUGGCAGAAGCAGCAGGAAAGACAAAAGAGGGUGUUCUCUAUGUAGGCUCCAAAACCAAGGAGGGAGUGGUGCAUGGUGUGGCAACAGUGGCUGAGAAGACCAAAGAGCAAGUGACAAAUGUUGGAGGAGCGGUGGUGACGGGUGUGACAGCAGUAGCCCAGAAGACAGUGGAGGGAGCAGGGAGCAUUGCAGCAGCCACUGGCUUCGUCAAAAAGGACCAGUUGGGCAAGAAUGAAGAAGGAGCCCCACAGGAAGGAAUUCUACAAGAUAUGCCUGUGGAUCCUGACAAUGAGGCUUAUGAAAUGCCUUCUGAGGAAGGGUAUCAAGACUAUGAACCUGAAGCCUAAGAAAUACCUUUGCUCCCAGUUUCUUGAGAUCUGCUGACAGACGUUCCAUCUUGUACAAGUGCUCAGUUCCAAUGUGCCCAGUCAUGACAUUUCCCAAAGUUUUUACAGUGUAUUUUGAAGUCUUCCAUCAGCAGUGAUUGAAGUAUCUGUACCUGCCCCCACUCAGCAUUUCGGUGCUUCCCUUUCACUGAAGUGAAUACAUGGUAGCAGGGUCUUUGUGUGCUGUGGAUUUUGUGGCUUCAAUCUAUGAUGUUAAAACAAAUUAAAAACACCUAAGUGACUACCACUUAUUUCUAAAUCCUCACUAUUUUUUUGUUGCUGUUGUUCAGAAGUUGUUAGUGAUUUGCUAUCGUAUAUUAUAGGAUUUUUAGGUGUCUUUUAAUGAUACUGUCUAAGAAUAAUGAUGUAUUGUGAAAUGUGUUAAUAUAUAUAAUACUUAAAUAUAUGUGAGCAUGAAACUAUGCACCUAUAAAUACUAACUAAGAAAUUUUACCGUUUUGUGAUGUGUUUUAUUAACUUGUAUUUGUAUAUAAAUGGUGAGAAUUAAAAUAAAAUGUCGUCUCAUUGCAAAAAAA